GCAGGCUGUGGCCCCUUUAUCAUCGCUCACUGCGGAAGUGUUCAGGCCAACAGUCCUGUCCUUUGCUCAGGACAGUUUAGGUUUUCUGCUCAGAGCCAAAUGUGAAGACCGGCCUAAGGAAUCUGGAGCCAAGGAAGCUGGCCAGAGCUCUGCCCGAGGGCCAGCGCCUGGCCGAGGGAGAGGAUAAAAAGGUUCAAACUUCUCCAUAAAGUGUGCUAUGUCCUGCCAGUCGUUACCAAAGCUACCAGAAGCUUUGCUCCUAGGACAAGUGGAGUUGGUGGUGAGAAGCCAGAGGUGAGAAGACACAUAAGAGGACAGACUACUCCAUUGUCAGAAUUUCCUAUGUGGGAGAAUCCUAGAGCACGACGAGACUUUGAGACGCCCCGAAGAUGAGCGCCAACAGCAGCACGCUGGGCCAGCGUCUCUGGCAGGGGCCGGUGUGCGCUGGCUGGAAGCAGGAUAUGGAAGGGGCCCUCUACCACCUGGCGAACUGCGUCUUGCUCCUGGGCUUCAUGGGGGGCAGUGGGGUAUACGGAUGCUUCUAUCUCUUUGGCUUCCUGGGCACCGGCUACAUGUGCUCCGUGCUGUGGGGCUGGUUCAAUGCCUGCGGCCUGGACGUUGUCAUCUGGAACUUCCUGCUGGCAGUGGCCUGCCUGCUCCAGCUGGCACACCUGGUCUACCGCCUGCGCAAGGACAGCCUCCCUGAGGAGUUCGAGCUCCUCUACAGGACGCUGUGCGUGCCCCUGCAGGUGCCCAUGGAGGCGUACAAGGAGAUCGUUCGCUGCUGCGAGGAGCAGGUCUUGACUCUGGCCAUUGAGCAGACGUACGCUGUGGAGGGCGAGACGCCCAUCAACCGCCUGUCCCUGCUGCUCUCUGGCCGGGUUCGUGUGAGCCAGGACGGGCAGUUUCUGCACUACAUCUUUCCUUACCAGUUCAUGGACUCUCCUGAGUGGGAAUCACUGCCGCCCUCCGAGGAGGGCGUGUUCCAGCUUCUAGAAUUCCUCUCCAGAGCUACUCCCAAGUUAUGUCCAGGGGACAAGCCCCCUUGGCUCCGAUCCACACUCCUGAACUUUAAGGAUCCCUGGACCAUGCUUUUCUCUGGCCAUGUUCGUCUUCACAGGGCCGCGAUCACACCCUUUCCUCCCCUGGAAGGCUCGCAGGCAAGAUGCCAGCACGACAGCUACACCAGGGCCCUGGGUGACCAUUUCACCUCCACCAGCUCUCCUGCCAGCAGAAGGCAUCUUCGAGGGCAAAAGGCACAGGGUCCAUCCUGUACUAACGGCAGAACCUUGGCCGAGCUCCAUAGCCUCUCGGAGACUCAUCUGCAAAGUGGGGACGAUAAACCCGCCUCACAGGGUUGUUGUGAGGAUCCAGAGUUGACUCGGGCAAAGCACCCAGGACAUGACAUGGCACCUCGGAAGCACUCAAUAAAUCACUCAGCUCCUUUCCCUGUGUUGUUUCUUUUAACUUUCUGAAAAGCUCAGUGAAAAGUCAGCUAUCCAAGAAGUUCUCACUGUGAUGUUGGUUUGUUUUUUAAUUAAAAUUCAAUGUGCGGAAGUAGAAAUUUUAAAACUUAGUUUUCUCUUAAGAUUUUAAAUUCAAUUUACAAAUCUAUUGUUCUAUUUAUGACCAUAGUAUUAAACAAUCAUUUUUAAGAGGGAUUUUUUACAAAUUCAGUUGUUUCCUUAAACAUUUUAAAGUGGAUUUAUAGAUUUAAUGUAUUCUGUUUAAUUUCCCCCCCUAAGUACUUCAACCUAGACUCCAGUUACCUAUUGCUGUGUACAUUCAUCCCUAAAACAGGGACUUAAAAUAGUCACAAUAAUUUGAAUGUGGGGCUUGAAUGGACUCGGGUGGGCUGCUCCCACUCAAGGUUUCUCAUGCUGUUGCAUUCAGAUAGUGGCUAGGGUUAGAACCAUCUCAAAGGCUUCUCCAUCAUAUGUUUGGGGCCUAGUCUGGAAAGACUCAAACAGCUGGAACAGCUGGAGAUCCUUGGACAUCUUGCUCUGUUGAUAGCUUGCUCACUUUUGUUGCUUUAUGAGUAUAUGUUGUAUGAACAUACCGCAACUUAUCCAUUCUACCACUGAUGAACUUUGGGUAAAUUUUAACUUGGGGCAUUUAGUUUAUAAUAGCAGUAGUGCUGUUUUAAACAUGCUUGCUCAUAUCUUUUAGUACACAUAUGCAUAUAUUUCUUAGGUAUGUAUCUAGGACUGGAAUUACCAAGGCAUAUGUUCAACUGUAGUGUAGUAAACAUUGUCAGUUUUCCUAAGAGAUUAUGCCAGUUAAUAUUCACACAAGCAGUGUAUAAGAGUUCUAGUUGUUUUUCGUCCUUCCCAAUAGUUGGUAUUUUCAUUUAAAUUCUUUUUAGCCACGUGGGUGUGUGUAGCAGCAUAUCAUGUGAUUUUAAUUUUCAUUUCCCUGAAGAAUAAUGAGGUUGAGCACCUCUUUGGGUUUUUAUUAUCCAUACACAUAUUCUCUAUUGUGAAGUGUCUGGUCUAGUUCUUGUCCAUUUCUCUAUUUGUUUGUAUGCUUCAAGUUAAGUCCUAGCCAGUUUGGCUCAGUGGAUAGAGCAUCAGCCUGCGGGCCAAAGGAAUCCCAGGUUCAAUUCCAGUC